AUGGCUCGCGGUCGCCGCGCUCACGGUACCUCCGUAGCGUUCGUCAGCACGCAGGCGCUGCUCGCCCUCACGCUCGCUCUGCUGCUGCUGCGAUCCUACAUUAGUCGCCAAGCCGCGCCAAGCCAGGCAUGGUCGGCGCUCUUCCCCUGGGGCUGCGCGCUGUCCGCCUCUCAGGCGGGGGUGGCAGCGCGCCUCGUAGUGGGACGCGCGGGGGAGGUGGCCAUAGGGGAGGGCGCGGGAGGAUGGGGCGACACUGCCGCUGCAUCGGGGUCUGUUGACCCCGACGCUGCUGGCGUGGGUGCGUCGGAGCAGCGUGGUGCGGGGUCGAGCGGGGGAGAGGCGCCGGGUGAAGCAGGAGGCGCGGGGAGGCUAGUGGAGCAGCAAGGCCGCCCGUCGAUCAAGGAGGAGUCAGCGGGUGCUGCGGGCGGGGGUGAUCAACCAGCACACUCUGCAGCUGUAGGUGCUGCAGCCGUUGGGGUUACAGAUGGCGCGAGCACAGCAAUUGGGGUCCUCGAUGGCGCAAUCCCAACCGUUGAUGCUUCAAACGGCAGCAUGUCCGCUGCCAGUAACGGCAGCGAGGCCGGGGUUUCAUCAGUGGCGGCGGAGCUAGCAGAGCACGCAGCAUGCGAGGGUGCUGCGCUGACAGAGGAAGACGUGCGCGCAUGGCAGGCGGAGGAACACGUGGCGUUUGGACACGUGGAGGUGGAGGGGGGCGUGGAGGGGAAAGGGGUGGAGGGCGGGCAAGGGGGCGUGGCGGAGGCGAGGGUGAACGAGGAGGUGUGCUUCACGGUGCGAGGUGAGUGGGGGCAAUGUGUGGCCAGUGGGGGCAAUGUGUGGCCAGUGGGGGCAAUGUGUGGCCAGUGGGGGCUAUGUGUGGCCAGUGGGGGCAAUGUGUGGCCAGUGGGGGCUAUGUGUGGCCAGUGGGGGCUAUGUGUGGCCAGUGGGGGCUGUGGCGGGACUGGCAAGUCUCUUCUCGCACCCGCCAGGCAGAGGGCGUUCCUGGUGGCGUUGGUUGCGCUGCAGCGCCGCCAGGGCAGCACCGACGCCCGCACUGAUGCUCACAAGGGGGGCAGCGGCAGCGGCAGUAACAGCAGUGGGAGCAGCGCGGAUUCGUGGGUGCAGGGCAGUGCGCGCGUGACAGAGGUGCCAGUGGCUGUGAGCGCGCAGGCGAGAGCAGCUGCUGGGCGGGCGGCCGUGCUGCUGGAAGAGUGGGAGCAGGGCGCAGAGAGGGGACAGGGAGGACAGGGGGAGGACGGGGUGAAAGGGGAAAAGGGCGAAGGAGGGGAGGAGGGGGCGGGCGCGGAUGUGCGCAUGGCAGCACGGGUGACAUACCACCCUGGCAACUCGACCCACCAGGUGAACACCCACGCGUCCCUCCCACCCACGCGUCCCUCCCACCCACGCGUCCCUCCCACCCACGCGUCCCUCCCACCCACGCGUCCCUCCCACCCACGCGUCCCUCCCACCCACGUGUCCCUCCCACCCACGCGUCCCUCCCACCCACGCGUCCCUCCCACCCACGCUCCCGUGCACCUCGCCCCCCAUCACUCCCGUGCACCUCGCCCCCCAUCACUUGGCCCGCACGCCACCUGCGCUUCCAUCUCGCCCGCCCCGCCUCUUCCCGCACUCUCCCUCCCAGUGUGCUACCAGCUGCCGCUGCCAGGCCGCUACGUCCUCUCGCUGCACCUCCUCUUCUCCGCCACCUUCCCCCUCCUGCGCUCCAAUGCGCGCACCUCCUUCCUUGGGGGGUUCUCCAACUACACGGUGGUGCAGUCGCAGGCCAUUCAAGCAUCAGCGCCGCCCACCUUCUCCCUUCACGCACACAGAGCCACCCUCCCUUACUGCACGCCACCGCUCCUCACCGCAUCUCACCACUCGGGCUACUGGAUGGGCCACCUCUGGCAGCCCCACGCAUGUCGCCUGCGCCGCCUCUCCCCCCCCGCCCUGCACGCGUGCUUCAAAGGCCGCUCGCUGCUCUUCCUCGGUGACUCCCAGCUGCGCUACACCUUCGGCUUCCUGCGCCUCCUCCUCCGCUUCCCCUCCCGCGCCGCCUUCCUCACCAAGUUCGCCGCCAAGCCCAAGAUGUUUUGGCCCAACAUGCUGGCCUGUGGCAGUGUGCCACGUGGCAACGGGUCCAUCUACCCACCAAUCAACAGCAGCACGGGCGAGCUCAUCUCAACAGGCGUGUGCCAGCAGCCCGACUCCGCCUUCUUCUUCCACGGGGAGAACUUCAACGGCUAUGGCCGCGCGCUGUACAAGGUGAGGGCAGCGGAGGGCAGGCCAGCAGCGGCCUUCAACCUCACGUACGUGUCGCAGUGCGGCGCCAUGAAGCCCGUGUUGCCCGCGUGGAUGAGCGACCCCGCCCUCGUGGGGCCAACCCUCGCUCUCUUCAAUGCACGCGGCUCGGAUGGUAGCGCCGAUGCUCCCAAUAACAGCACUGGUGGCAGCAGCAGCAGCAGCAGCAGCAACAGUAGCAGCAGUGGGGAGGGCAGCAGCAGCGGCAUCAGGGGAGGGGGGCAAGGGGAGUAUGACAUGGCGCUGGUGGGCACCACUCUGCACGACCUCAUUCAGCAACCCACCGCCAAGGCCUUCGGUGCCCUCCUGGAGUCCAACCUGCUUUCACCACUACUGGCGGUCAUGAGGGACCGCGCAGCCGUGGCACUGCUGGGCCCGUGGGCGGCGAGGGAGGACAGCAAGCCACCGGAGUUCAUCCCUGUCAGCAACAACGCGCGUGCCGUGGCGUUUGAAGAGGAGCUCCUCAGGCGGCUACCGUCCACCCAGCCCGGGGCAGCCAGUGCACUGGGCAUGAUGGGGCUGACUCUCCCGCGCCCAGACCUGUGUCCCGACAGCACACACUACGCCUGGCCCGUCACCCUCACCAUCCUCGACCUCUGGCUCACCCCCCUCUGCGCCCCACACGCUUCACACGCUCCUGAACUCUAG